AUGACCAUUACUGAGUACACAAGUAAAUUUGAGAAGUUGCGCCGCUUUUCACGCAUCUGUCAGGGAGCUCCUGAGGACUUUGCUGAGUGGAAGUGUAUAAGGUAUGAAGGAGGCUUUCGGAGUGACAUUCAGAGCUUUGUAGCACCUAUGGAGAUUCGGGUGUUCUCUGAGCUUGUGAAUAAGAGCAGGGUGGCUGAGGAUUGUGUCAGAAGGGCUGCAGCAGAAAAAGAGAGUAUGAGGAUGCCAUUCCAGAGGACCACAGGGAGGAAUUUUGCACCUAGGGACAGACAGUUUAAGCAUGGCGGCUUUGUCCCUCAGAACAAUCAGGGGCAAAGCAACUUCAGGAGGCCUAAUACCAAUGCUAAUCAGGGAAGGAGACAGGGAAGCAGCCACAGCAGGAUUUGCCCAGAGAAGAAGAGGUAUGAGAUAGGUAGAGUGCAACAACCAGGGAGAGUGUACACUACUUCUUCAGUAGGCGCUGAAGGGUCAGAGAUAUUGAUCAGAGGUAAUUGUGAGAUGGCUGGUAAAACUUUGAAUGCCUUGUUUGAUUCUGGAGCUACACAUUCCUUUAUUGCAUUUGAGAAGGCUAAUGAGUUAGGCUUGAAAAUAGUAGUCAUGGGGUAUGAUUUAAAGGUAUAUAAUGCCACCCACGAGGCUAUGGUGACUAGGUUAAGGUGCCCCCAAGUUCCCUUUCGAAUACAACAGCGUGACUUUGCGCAUAACUUAAUUUGUUUGCCAAUGACUGGUCUUGAUCUCAUUUUGGGAUUGGACUGGUUAUCCAAGAACCAUGUUCUACUCGAUUACUCUGCAAAAAUAGUGUGUUUUAUACCUAAAGACACAGAAGGGCUGGUUGUGGUGAAUAAUUACUACCUGAAUUCCAUGAUAGUGAAUCGUUCUGAGGCCAAAUGUCAGGGAAUAUUGUUGUUAUCUGCGGGUGUUUCGGGUGAUGUUCAAAGCUUGGAGCAAAUCCCGGUUGUGUGUGAGUCUCCAGAGGUGUUUCCUGAUGAUAUUGAGGAAUUUCCACCUAACCGAGAAGUUGAGUUUGCCAUUAAGUUAGUACCUGGGGCCAAACCGAUCUCGAGUGAUCCUUAUAGGAUGUCACCUCUAGAAAUGGCCGAAUUGAAGUCUCAACUGGAGGAUAUGUUUGGUAAGAACUUUAUCCGACCAAGUGUAUCUCCGUGGGGUGCGCCAGUAUUACUGGUGAAGAAGAAAGACGGGAGUAUGCGAUUAUGUGUGAAUUACCGGCAGUUGGAUUAG